AUGAAGAAUCUAACAGUUCUAGUGACGACCCGACUCUCGAAAGAAACGAAGAAGAAACCAGCGAGGAGUUGCAACCCAUUGCUGAGAAAAAACGCAACUAUACACACUGUCAGAAGCGAAAGAAAUGGGUGGAACGCGAAGAGUUGGCUUUGGUUAGGGCAUAUGUCGAUGUUUCUAAAGAUAAACAACGCAGAAAUUAAAAAAGCUUGGGAGUGGUUGAAAGACAACGCGAAAUGGGCAUUUGUUGCAAAAGUGGGUGAAGAUUCCCCACCUCCUUCUUUGAAACGAACCAAAACAUCUUCAUCCAACGCCUACAAAUCAUCAUCUGAUCCACAAUAUCCUCCUGGAUUCUCUCCCCAACAACAACAACAGCUGUUUAGUGUUGAAGACUCACCGCCCCAGAGAAAAAGAAAAGGAAAGAAAGCGACAUCGACAUCAUCAACAAAAAAUGAAAUGUUUGAUCUUGUCAAACAAAUUGUCGGCAUCAAGACUGCAACCGAAACAGAGGCGGAACAAAGACAACGAUAUCGGGAACAAAAAUUAUGCAUUCUCGAAGCUAAUGAAGAACGAAAAGCUCAAUUAUUGGAUCGGGAGAUAGAGAACCAAGAUAUGGAGUAUUUUCUCUGGUCGCAUGAUCAUUUGACUGGAGGUAUUUUGCGCAUGGUGGUUGAAAGGAAACGACAAAUUGCAACUAAGUAUGGUUGGGAGUUGGAGAACCCGUGA